AUGACUGCUGCGCUGAAGAAAGUGCUGAGGCAGACUCUGGACAAUCUCUCGGGGGGCGAUUUUAAGAGGUUUAAGCACUACCUUUCGGAUGAGGGCCGAAUACCAUGGGGAAAGCUGGAGAAGGCCGACACAGAUGAUGUCAUGAACUUGAUGGUGCAGGUGUACAGCAUGGAGGCUGGGGCCACCAUGUUGACCAUCUUGCAGAAGAUGAACCACAACCAGCUGGCCAUGGACUUGGCAAAAUCAGCUCCUCGUCUGGAUAAACCAUUCACACUGCAGGUGGAUGCGAGUGAUGUUGGGGCUGGAGCUGUGCUACUCCAAACUGAUGUGUUGGUGACGUGGAGUAAACCAGAGCGUGUUGAUCAGGCCUCAUACUCACCGACCCUCUCUGGUGAUACACAGACCUUUUCCACCAGAUCUCUUCAGCACCACUUUUCUGGGUUGGACAUCGGGAGAGAAUACUCCUCCACUGUUCUAAGAGACAGUCAGAGCAAGGCCAUCUCCAAAACCAUCGACACAAGUAUUCCACUUCCAGAAAAGCUGACUGUGGGUUCAUUGACUCCAACAUCAGCUGAUCUCAGCUGGAUUCUGCAUCAGUGGAUGGAGCAGAUUCCACACAGCUUCCUGAUCUCCUACCACAGUGAAGGAGCUGAACCAAAGACCAUCUCUACAGAGUCCUGCAGCACAACUCUCACAGACCUGCAGCCAGAUACUCACUACACUGUCAGUGUCUGCUGUGAGCUCAGAGAUGGGGGAAGGAGUCAGGAUACUACAACGUUCAUCCGAACAGGUCUUUUUGUUCCUGAGAGGUUAAAUGUGGACGCGCUGGAUGUAGAAUCUGGUGAUCCUGGUAGAGGUGUCAGAUGGAGGGCACGUCUCAGCUGGAGUCUGCAUCAGGGGUUGGAGCAGAUUCCACACAGCUUCCUGAUCUCCUACCACAGUGAAGGAGCUGAACCACAGACCAUCUCUACAGAGUUCUGCAGCACAACUCUUACAGACCUGCAGCCAGAUACUCACUACACUGUCAGUGUCUGCUGUGAGCUCAGAGAUGGGAAGAAGACUGAGUCUGUAUCCACCAACUUCCACACAAGUGAAAGGAGGAUUGUGCUGCUGGGAAAAUCAGGUGACGGUAAAAGCAGUGCUGGAAACACCAUCCUGGGUAAAGAGGUUUUCAAAGUGGAAGCUUCUCAGCACUCGAUAACAGACCACUGCACAACACAGAGUAAGAUAAUCAACGGAAGGAAAAUUACCAUCGUUGACACACCUGGAUUCUUUGACACAGCAGCUACAAAUGAGGAAUUGAACAGUGAGAUAGCUAAAUGCAUCUUUGACAGUGCCCCAGGCCCUCAUGCCUUCAUCAUCGUACUGAGUGUAGGGAGAUACACAAAACAUGAGGAACAAAUCAUAAAUAGAAUUAAAGAAUUAUUUGCAGAAGACACCUUCAAAUAUGCAGUGGUUCUUUUCACAUAUGGGAAUAAACUGAAAGGUAAGAAUAUUAAUGAAUAUGUGGAGGAGGAGCGGAGGGCCUCUCAGGGCUCCAGAAGUAAAAGAUCUACACUAAAGGACCUUGUGGAUGCGUGCCAUGGCCGGUGUCAUGUCAUAGAUAACGAAUGCUGGAGAGAUCAGGAAGAAGGGGAGAGUAGCAACAGAACUCAGUUAGCAAAGCUGUUCAACACCAUAGAGGAGAUGGUGCAGGAGAACAGACUCAAUUCCCCUACUAAUGAAAACACCACAGAGCAGAAGGUGCAGCAGAAUGGAGGUGGCUUUUACACUAAUGAGUUUCUGAUGCUCGUGGAGAAGGCCAUACAAGGGGAAAUGCAAAAUGUGAGAGAGAUGCAACAAGAUCAGAGCCAACAGUUAUCUGACAGGGAGAUUAGAGAGAGAGCCAAAGAGAAAGUGAGGUGGAAAAUGUUCGCAAAUAAAAUUGCUGCAACACCUGCUGUGCUGCUUUUUGCAUUAUUUUACCCAUAUGUUAUUCCUAUAAUUUCAGUAGGGCAAUCAGUAAAUAUAGCAGCAGCAAAAGCGAAAAAUCCUGGUGAAGCAGCUGUAGAAACAUUCACACAAUUAUUCAGGUCUGCGAGAAGUAAGAUGGAGAGCCUAGGACUGAGGUGGGGGAGGGGGAGGGUGCUACCAUAG